UAUCGUUCUCGUCAUACCGCAAUGAGAAGACAUCUAUAACGAACCAUUCAUUCUUCAAAAAGAAAAUGUUCCUUUCUCCUGAAACACUUAACUUUACACCAACUACCACCGCUCUUGUCGCUGUUUUCCUUGUACUCAUCACAACAUACUUCAUCCGGAGGGACAGAGGUUUACCACCAGGGCCAACAGGACUACCGUACUUUGGAUACUGGUUCUUUCUCAAGAAGAAAGGCUCCCAUCUGCAAUUGCAAGAGUUGGGCAAAAAAUACGGAGAUAUUUUCUGCUUCAGAGUGACUGGUCAUUUGCUCAUUAAUCUAGGCAGCAUCAAAGCUUUGAAAGAGUUUCAAGUUCUUAAGUCUGAUUGUUUUGCUACAAGACCGAGUAGUUACGUUAUAACUGAGCAUGUGUUUGGAGGAGGCGUGGCUGCUGCGAGUGGGGAACAAUCCAAAAUAUUGCGACGGUUUUUACUGAACGCCUUCAAAGAAUGUGGUUUGAAUUCCAACGCGACAUACCAUGAGCGGCUGAAUGGCAUCCUUGAAGACUUGGGAGCUUCUCAAGGAAACCCCGUGGACAUAUCAGCCAUCGUGAUAAAGAGGAGUGCUACUAUCAUGAGUAACGCGGUAUUUGGACAUCAAGGAUUUACUGAAGACGAAGUAAACGAGUUUAAUGAAGAUUAUGGCAAACUUGCAUUGGCAUUGGCAUCUAUCAAGCUUCUUCUUGGACAAAUUGCCAGAUAUACACUCCUUCCAUUCUAUUCUGGGUAUCACGAAUCGAAGUUGUACGCAGAAAAACUCUUUCGUUUUGUUCAACAAAAGAUAACGGAACACGAGUCGACGUACGAUAGCAACCACAUUCGAGAUCUCAUUGACGUAUACAUCAAAGAACGGAAUACCAGAGAACAGAAAGGGGACAGCACAUUCAAAUAUUUUACAGAUAGACUCGUUCUAACUGAACUUAUGCCAGUUCUACAGUAA